AUGUCAUCAUAUUCUACUGUUAAGACCGCCAACUGGAGAUUUGUUGAAGUCGGACGUAUUGUCUUACAAGAAGACAAGAAGUUGGCUACUAUUGUUGAGAUAAUUGAUCAGAAGAGAGUUUUGAUUGAUGGUCCUAACGUUCAAAGAAAGGCUGUAUACUUGAGUAAGGUCACCUUGACUCCAGUUGUAUUGCCAAACCUUACCAGAGGUGCAAGAACUGCCAAUGUUAACAAGAAGUGGGCUGCUGCUGAUAUUGAUGCCAAGUGGGCUUCAACUUCAUGGGCAAAGAAAUUAGCUUCUAGAGAAAAGAGAUCUCAAUUAACUGACUUUGAAAGAUUCCAAGUCAUGGUCUUAAAGAAGCAAAGAAGAUACGCUGUUAAAAAGGCUUUAGUUAAAGCUUAA